ACCUAACCACCAAUUCAUCAUCAUGUCAUUCAAAAUAUUCACUUCCUCACAAUCCAUCUUCAUAGUGGCCAUUCUAUGCCUCUUCCUUCCACUCCUCAUCAAUGCCGAAGUUUUGCCACCUCACAAGAGACCUUUCCCAGCAGCAAGCAUUGUUGCAGCAUGUAUUGCAGGUGGCAUUGUUUUGGCGGGAAUGACUUUGGCCUUUUUGUUGGCUCUCCCUCGUGUCUUGUUGUAUUUGAGAAAUAAGUUUGUUGUCGAGGAGGAGGAAGAUGAAGAGGAGAAUCAAGAUGCCGCUCAAGUGGCCAACUCAUUGUAACCAAACUUAACUUCCCGCCAACACCAAUCACAUUUCACAUCUUGGCGCCUUUUCUCGAACCGUUACACACAAAAAAUCACAUAAAUCCUCCACAACCUGCCACCUUUCACACCAACAAAAAAAAAAUAACAUUACACUUCUCAUUAUAAGAAGCAAAGAUGAGAGAAAUUAUCAAUAUUCACAUUGGUCAAGCCGGUAUCCAAGCUGGUGAACAAGUCUGGUCCUUGAUGUGUGCCGAACAUGCAAUCAACCAAGAUGGUACUCGUAACAUUGACUCUACCAAUGGCAACUCUGAUUGUUCAGUUUUAUUCAGUGAAUCUGCUCGUGGUCGUUACGUUCCACGUAAUUUGAUGGUUGACUUGGAACCAUCAGUUGUUGACAGUGUCAGAAAUAGUUCUUUCAAGGAAUUGUAUCAUCCAGCUCAAAUGAUUACUGGUCGUGAAGAUGCUGCUAAUAAUUUUGCACGUGGUCAUUAUACUGUUGGUAAAGACAUGUUGGAUGUGACUGUUGACAGAUUGAGAAAGAUUGCUGAUAAUUGUACUUCAUUGCAAGGAUUCCAAAUUUUCCAUUCAGUUGGUGGUGGUACUGGUUCUGGAUUUGCUUCACUUUUAGUUGAAAGACUUUCAGUUGAAUUCCCAAAGAAAUGUAAACUUUCGUAUACAGUUUAUCCAUCUCCUCAAUUGGCCACUUCAGUUGUUGAACCAUACAAUUCAGUCUUGUCAACUCAUUCCUUAUUAGAACACAAUGAUAUCUCAGUUGUUUUGGACAACCAAGCCAUUUACGAUAUUUGUAAACAACGUUUAAAGAUUGAAAGAGCAAAUUAUCGUAAUUUAAAUCACGUCAUUUCUCAAACAGUUUCUGCCAUUACCUGCUCAUUGAGAUUCUCUGGAUCAUUGAAUGUAGAUAUGAAUGAAUAUCAAACUAAUUUAGUUCCAUAUCCAAGAAUUCAUUUCAUGUUAUCUUCAUUGGCUCCAAUGAUUUCACGUCAAGAAAAUUAUUAUCAUGAUAAUAAUGUUGCAGAGUUGACUUCAUCUGUUUUUGAAGCUGAUAAUAUGAUGGCUAAGUGUAAUCCAAGAGAUGGAAAGUAUAUUGCUUCUUGUUUGAUGUAUAGAGGUGAUAUUGUUAAUAAGGAAGUUACUGAUGCUGUCAAAAAUGUCAAAUCAAAGGCAAAUAUUCAAUUUGUUGAUUGGUCUCCAUGUGCUUUCAAGAUUGGUGUCAAUUCUCAAAAGCCAACUGUUUUGCCAGAUUCUGAAUUUGCUCAAGUUGACAGAUCAUGUGCCAUGAUUUCGAAUAACACUGCCAUUUCACAAGUAUUCGAAAGAAUGAACGACAAGUUUGAUUUACUUUAUGCUAAACGUGCCUAUGUCCAUCACUUUGUUUCUGAAGGUAUGGAAGAAGGUGAAUUUGCUGAAGCUCGUGAAGAUUUGGCUGCCUUGGAAAAGGAUUAUACUGAACUUGCUUCCAAUUCAGUUGCUGAAGAAGAUUCCAUGUUGGAUGAAGGUGAAACUUUGAACUAA